CUCCAUGGCAAAAUGACUGAACGAUUGCUCUGAACGUAAUCUCAUUUAUGGGGUGCAAAAAAAAGACUUCACGUCAGAGAGAAUGUAUAAAUGUCCAUCGCCGCUAUAUUUGAGAGGCUGAAGCUACUCCAAGGACACAGUUCUUAGAAGUUUGGUUCUCAGCCUCAAAAUACUGAUUGAAUUGGGGACAAUUACUAGGACGCUCUGGCCACAAAGCUCGAAGAGACUCUGUGAAGGAGGCAGUGAGGAGCCUUUGUUCGCUGACCUGUCUUCUCCCCCAGCAUGUGUACAGGGGCCUGUGCCAAGUGCCUGGGGGGCACCCUCAUUCCCCUUGCCGUGUUUGGCUUCCUGGCUAACAUCCUGCUAUUUUUCCCUGGAGGAAAAGUGAUAGACAACAACGACCACCUUUCUGAUGAGAUCUGGUAUUUCGGAGGAAUAUUAGGAAGCGGGGUCUUGAUGAUCUUCCCUGCGCUGGUGUUCUUGGGCCUGAAGAACAAUGACUGCUGUGGGUGCUGUGGCAACGAGAGCUGUGGGAAGCGAUUCGCGAUGUUCACCUCCACAAUAUUUGCUGUGAUCGGAUUCUUGGGUGCUGGAUAUUCCUUUGUCAUCUCAGCUGUCUCGAUCAACAAGGGUCCUAAAUGUCUUAAUGAGAAUAGUACGUGGGGAUACCCCUUCAACGACGGGGAUUAUCUCAAUGACCAAGACUUAUGGAGCAAAUGCCAGGAGCCCGCUGAUGUGGUUCCCUGGAAUCUGACCCUCUUCUCCAUCCUGCUGGUCAUAGGAGGAAUCCAGAUGGUUCUCUGUGCCAUCCAGGUGGUCAAUGGCCUCCUGGGGACCCUCUGUGGAGACUGCCAGUGUUGUGGCUGCUGUGGGGGAGAUGGACCAGUUUAAACGUCCGUGAUGAGCUGCUCUAACCCUACAGCAUGAGGGAAGAUACAUUAAACUUAUUCUUCUCGGGGUUGUAAAUUCCUGUUUCCUAACUAGCAAAGCAUAGGGAAGGCAGAGUUACUCCUUCUUUCCAGCCAGCUUUGCUUGAGUUAGAGUUUUGUCACUUUCAAAUAAAAAAUAGGUAGGCCAGUUAACAAAUUUGAUUUAUAAAUCUUUCAAAUUAGCUUCUCUUUAGAAUUUAAGAAGAGAUUCAAAGCAAAUUGGUCAUGAUUUUUUUCCUUAAAAGUGUAAAAUGUAUAAAGUCACAUGUAUUGUCACAUCACUUCUUUGUAUACAAGGGUGUUUAUUUACAUAAAGCAUAAUUUAAAGCAGGAAAAUUCAUUUAAAAUGAGAAGCUGAGAUCAACUUUUGUUUUCACGAUUUAUGGGGAAAAAGAAUAACUGAUUUAUUAUAACUAUUUUUUACUUGAUGACUUUUUUGCUAAUUUGUUUGAGUUACUUGUGAGUAGUCCUUUGAGACUGUCAUCAUUUGCUAGGGUUUGCUGAUGUACAUUAAAUUAAAAUCUGAAUUCAGAGGUAA